AAAAAUGACCGAUCCAACCUCUUCGACCAAGGCAGCAACAACAAACUCUUCUUGUAGCUUGAACAAAUGGCGUGUCAUACCUAUUGUUGUCGUCUUUCUCAUCACUCUUGCUGUGUUGUUAUGCGUCUACCGACUGCGUGCUGAUUCAUCGGCGCCAUCACAAAUCACUGCUUCAUCUUCUAGGCAUUCAACAAAAGCUGGGAAUACGAGGAAUCGUGCCAAAGAAUUGAAGAGCAUUUGGGAAGAAGGACGAACGAACGAUAGAUGGUUGGUGGUUACCGAUGACCAAGAUACCGCUUUCAUUUGUGCGCUUGCCGACAUCUCUGCCGAAUUGGAAUGGCGCAUGCUUGUUGUGGGAAACAACAUAAGUUGCUGCAGGAAAACGUGUAUGCUGCUGGAUGAUUUGAAGCUGAAAAAUUUGCAUUAUGAAAUUCUCACGGCCAUGGAGUCCACAUCCAGGGUGGAAGCUCGUCGUAACGCCGGAUAUCUUUAUGCCAUUCAACAUGGAGCACGCCAUAUUUUCGACUCUUAUCCGGAGACGUACACGUCAGCAAAAAUUCCAUUGGAGACGUUCAGACGCGAAAUGUUUCGCCAGCUGCAGAACGUUGCCCUUAACGUUGCUCUCGGCGUAGUUAGCGAGAGGCCGUACGUGAAACGAGUUCAAAAUCCUUACGCUCACUUUGGUCGUCCGGAUUUGUGGACAGAAGGUUUCAGGAGAAAUAAUCAACGUUUCAUUCACAACCACAUUUAUCGCAUAUGCGAAGUCAGACCUCCUUCAAUAGAAAAGUUUUUAGAUAUAGACGAAGAUUACUUUGAUUGGGCAGCACCAGCCUUAACGUUGCCUGGAUCGACGGUAGCACCAUUUUCUUCCAAAAAUACCUUGUACUCGAUUGAAGCUUUCUGGGGACUCGUUCUCUUUCCUACCGGCAACUCAUCGCAAGUACCUACCAUCCCUCCCCAUCUAUUGCGAACAUUGUGGAAUCAAGCCGUGCUGGGAGACAUCGCCGGAAGCCUGAAGUUGUCCCUGGCCAACGUUUCUACAUUGCAAAGACGUGAGAAAAGCCGAAAAAAUCCAGCAGAUCUACGGGAGCCGGAUGGCCUUGCUAGUUUCAUCCUAAAGUGGACAUGUUCGACCAGGUCGUCAUUGAGCUGCACGCGCGAUUUAUUUCAGACCAUGUUCCAGUUACACUACAUCUCCUUCAAGAGCCUUGGCAUUUUGCAGAGUUGGAUCAACGAUCUUAAACGUUCCCAUUAUCUCGAGCCGCCAGUUAUUCCUCGUCGUAGGGGUCAGAUGAACCCUUGUCUUGGUGCUGAUGGUCUGUACGGUGUGGCCUUCUAUCCAGCUCUUCCGGUGAAAUCCAUUAGUAUGGAGCAGCUUGAGCGACGCAAUGCAACAAUUGAACGUUUCAAAAAAGAAGAAACACGACUUGACGCUUUGAACCGUGCCUUAAGCGAGACAUUAGAUGUUAGCCAGUCCAGGCCUAAUGUUCGUGAUCUCGUCAUUCAAGGCCCUAGCAUCGUGUACAGCGAAUCAGGUGAACACAACAUUGCAAAGGAGGAACCUGUUAUUGUUCUCUCUGCUGAAGCUGAAGGCACUCACGAAAGCCCGAUUACAUCCCGUCACGCGAAACUCUACGAUAGCCACGGUGCUAUCGAGAUGCCAAUUUUGCGCGAAUUUACCGACAAUGCAUGUCCAGGAUAUUCACAACUUUUGCCUCACAUACCUGACAACCCUUUCAAAAACGUCUUGCUUAUCGUGGCAAUGACUGCGAUGCGCUACGAAAUGAUUCCCAUGUUCGAAGUAGUGUACCGGGAGCAUUUCCGUAACAUUCUUUACUGUGGCAGCCCGCAUGAUUCCAUAGAAAUCUUUCUGCGCAAAUAUCAGCUAUCAGAAGAUCGUUCCUUUUCAUUUCUUCCAAUCCAUUCAAAGUAUACUUACGAAUGCCUUUUGGGUGCCCUUGAGAUGGGCUACAACGUUGACGGAUGGAUCAUGUCGACGGACGACGCCCUUAUCAACAGCUGGAACAUUCACCAAAUGAAUUACUCGAAACUCUGGUACAGUGGCGACUCCAAUGUUCAAGUUACAGCUGCAAAUUGGAAAACGUUAGAUCCUGGAAGUCAAAAGUUGCCGAGAAGCCUUGACGGUGUUCAAAAAGUCCUUGAAUUCCUCAAGAGCUCUUUGAUUGGAUCAGUUCUACCAGACGAUGCCAGCAGCGGAGUUGGUAGCCGUGGGUAUCACGAACAUCAUCAUUACAGUCCAUCCAGAAUAACCAAACGAGAAGCGGAAAUUGGAACAGGCAAAUUUAAAGACAAAUUGCUGUUGGAGAAAACAGUUUCGGAAUCUCGGAAUCAUACGAUGGAACCACAUGAUGAUGAGGGUCCCCACGAUGCCACGCCCAAAAUGUCCGAACUUUCAUCAGACCAAAUGCUUCAUUUAAGUGGACGGACAACAUUUGACGCGAUCGAGCUGAAGAAAGCUAUGAACGGCAGUGUUGGCUCAGCACCUCAACCAAGAAAAUUAUCUUCCUUGAAUUACGUUUUCGAUACGGGAGAUAACAAAACGGAAAUCGACGUUGAAUUGAUUGAAGACGAGGCAACUACCACAAAAGUUAAAUCUGAACACCAAGAAAUUGAAGAUGUGUUGGCCAAGCCAGUGAACACCACAUCGAGUAAAUCGGUUGAAAUUGAUAAUCCCACUAUUCCAGCAGAGGAUGAGGACAUAACAUCGAUGGAAAUUGAACGAUCAUUCAUCAACGUGCACAACACCGAUUUAAGAAAGUCUGACGGAAUUGAUGAUGUUAGGUUACCACCCGUGGCUGGCGAUGUGGAAAUCGAGCUACCAUUAUUAUCCACCCUUCAGAAUACAACCUCUGUUGAGGCUGACCUAAUUGAAGCUGUCGAGCUAAUGGUUUCUGAAGAAGACGUAUUUGCUGAAGGCGACGACCUAAGUGAAAGUGAAACAGAAAGACCUGUUUCUGAGGUUUUGCGCAAACUUCUCGUUGCUACUCGUAACACUACCAAUGUGGAACAACCGGAUUUGACUGAGGUCAUCGAGACAGUAAGCAACGUUUCUACAGAGCAUAACUCAUCAUCAACGAGUUCUGCAGAAAAGCUUUCAAAUUAUACCAACUCACCUCCUGAGCUUACUGUCAUUAUCGAAGAGAUAUUGGUAGAAGAUGAUCAGAACAAACCUGUUUCGGAUAAGCAAGAGAGUCCUAUUGUUGACCUGCUAGAACAUCAGAUAAACUCAUCAACAGAACUGUCUGACCCACGAGAAACGCCUUUACACAAUAGCAGUGUCAGUGAUCCAGAGCUCGUCAGUUCGGUCGAAAUGGAGGUCACAAAACCUGAAAGCAAUCAAACAGAAAUUGUUGGACUGGAGGUUGCAAUUGCUUCUUCUAUAUCUCACAACGAAACGUCGACUCCUGUAAUCGUCGAAGAACACAAGCAUUCGGAAGAGUCGACGACAACAUCCAAAACUACGUCAUCGCAUCCCCGAAGUCAUCCACCGACGAUAUCGGGAGAAGAAGAGCGGAAGAACGCGGAGACGUUGCAUGUUGGUGACACUUUAUCGACCUUGAAAGAGCUCUAUACUUUGAUCAAAGAAAAUCUGGGAGUUCGAUCAGACGACGCUGAUGACGUCAGAUAUGCUGACGCAGCGUUUUAUGGUGGUGAUCGUGGUUACAGAUUAAAUCCAAAAUCGAUUCAUCAUUUCCGCUGUGAAAAAGGCACGAAUUUAGAAUUUUGCAAAGUUUCGUCUGAAUUUCUUUACCAACUGUCGGAGAAUAUUGGAAAAGAAUUCCAAUUGGUUUACGACAAGGUUCCGCUGUAUUACAUUCCGAAGAAGGAUCAGCUAAAGUUUUAUCUUCUCAGCAAUUUGAUGUUGCAACACGGUGUGACUGAUGAGAUCGCCAUUCCACUCAUCCUUUCUGGUUUGGGUCCAGAAAAUGAAUGGGUCAAACUAGAAAAGUCCUAUUUUGGUGGAGUGAAGGGUCGCACUAGCGACGCUUCCACCAGUAAAUAUCCGCUGUUCAACACCGCAGCCGCCGUAUUAUACCCGACAGAUUUGAACACAGUUACCACCGACCCAAAACUUCAAAAGAUUUUCUGCUUGAAAUACUUGUUGCGAGUUCUUCAGUUGUAAGAGUCUAACUACGCAUGUUUCAGUUUGUAGCCUCACUGCUACAGUCCUUCCAAAAGUAUUCGAACAACUCCCUGAUCACAUUUAUCAUCACAAGGACUUCCUUUUACUUUAUCAGGAAUUAGAUAGGUGAAGCGACACGUAUUCAAGUUGUUUACCAUAAUGCUGUUUUAUAUUUCCAAGAUAUUAUUGUACAAGAUGUUUAAGCUUUUUACUUACGCUGGUACGAAAAGGAUUUGCUUCUUUGACGGAAAAGAAAAAGCAAAACGCCGGACUUUUCCGAAAAGUAACUACAAAGCGAAAAACUGCAGGUUUGUUACCUGUUCAACAUGUGAUCUAAUUUUAUCUCGCCGAGCAUAGGCUUAUUUUUGCAUGGGAUAAUGCCUCGUGCCCGAUACUGUAAGCCAGCGUAUGCCAUGUCCGUAGUUAUAUGGGAGGCCUACUGUCUGCAAUGGUGGUUUUAAAAAUAUAUAAAAGUUUAUCAUAUUCUAUUUUUGUGUAUGCUGUAUGCCUUACCAUUUGUAUCGUCUAUGAAUUUCCAAUAGAAAUGUGGUUAUGUUUUGAAAGAAAAAUGCCACUUUCUUCUGUUAUACAGCAUAGAAAUGUU